AAUAAGAACAUUUUCAUACGUGACGCUGCGCAUGUUGGACGUCAUUUGUCUCAGGAAAAAGUAAACAACAAACAUGGCGAAGCCAGGCAAAGUGGGCAAGGGAGGCACCAGCAGCAAGAUGGGGAAGCGGAAGGACAACAAGGAGGGGGGACGAACAUCCAAGAAGGUCCACCCAGAGAAGCUCAAGAACAUCAUGAAGGCAAAGGAGGCCAAGAAGAACAGUCGGCGCAUGACCAAUCGCAGUGAAAAAAAGAAAGAGAAGCGGGGUCUUCUACGUCAGAAGGAGGCCCAAAGGGCAUACCAGGCCAAGAUUGAUGAGGAAGUCGAAUACCAGAAGAAGCUUCAGAUUGAGCUGGCUGGUGGAAAUGACCCCAAAAGUAAUCAACAGAUAAAGGUGAUGAACAAAAAGGAGCUGCAAGAACUUGUUCAGAGCCAGAAGAGAGUCCUGUUAGAUGAGAUGGAGGAGGAAUUGGCCAAGGAGGAUGUAAGAAUAGGAAGGACGGCUGCAGUCAAACCAGACCCUCUCUCACAAUACAAGAGUGUUGAAGAUGAACCACGUAGCUUUGAAAAAGACCCCAUACCCAGCUGGGUCAGGACCAUGUUACCCAUCAAGAACCAGCAGGGUGGCAUUGUGGCGAGGUACCUGGCAGUUGACGAUAAGAAAAAGGAAAAGAAAGCUACAGAGGAGGAGGAAGAUGACGAUACUGAUGAUGAGAGCAGUGAUGAUGAGGAACUCCGUGUUGGCACAAAGUCCUAUGUGCAAAUCUUGGUGGAAAGAAAGCGCAAAAUUGAUCAAAAGAAGUUAGAAAUUGCAGCUCUUGCAACGGCCAUCAUUGGAGAGCCAGAGGAGAAGAUCAAGUUAUUGAAGAAUCUAGAAGGCUAUCUUAAGGAGGAGGACCCAGAGAUUGCCAUUACAGUGAGGAAAUACGCAGCACUCAGCAUGUUUGAGGUCUUCAACCACCUUAUUCCCACAUUCGAGCUUGGAGAAGAAACCAAAGAUCACAAGUCAUUAUUGAGAAAAGAGAAGAAACAAGCCUAUAGGUUCGAGGAUGACUUGCUCUACGAGUAUAAGCAGUACCUAAUCACCCUCGAGGCAAAUUUGAAGGACAAGAAGCUACAGAAUGAACAUUCAAAAGAGGCCUUCAAUCAAUUGAUGAUUGCAGUGCUCAAGUGCUACGGGGAACUGCUUCUGCGAAAGGGCCACUUCAAUUACACUUUCAACAUCGUCCAAGUGAUAACUCCAUAUGGCAGCUACAAGGUCAAGGAAGUCGCGCAGGUAGUGCUGGAUACUUUCAAGAAACUUUUCAUCCGAGACAAGACAGGCGAGAUGACUCUGGAGGUAAGCAUUUGAGAAAAUUGGCGAGUA